UCCAGCAGCAGGAAAGGUCAUUGAUUUUACAACCUACAACAGUGUAUGGAUGUCAUAUCAAUCUGUUUCACCGGCGCUACACUGAAUGCAGUAAUAUUUAAUACCUUUCUUGGAAGUACACAUCCGGCCAUAACAGCACUAAUGGCGAUGGUUGCUCAGCGAAACGCCUUUCUUUGUCCCUAUCCUGCUCUCUGUCCAGCUGCAUCAUGGGAAAGAAGAGUCGAGUGAAGACUCAGAAGUCGGGGACAGGCGCCAUGGCUGUGGUCUCCCCCAGAGAGAUGAUAAACCUCAUAUCGGAGCUCCUACAGAAAUGCAGCAGUGCUGCACCUUCUCCAGGGAAAGAGUGGGAGGAGUACGUCCAGAUACGAGGCUUGGUAGAGAAGAUCAGGAAGAAACAGAAAGGUAUCUCAGUGAUAUUCGAGGGCAGCAGAGAGGAGUUCUUCCCGAAGCUGAUGGCGUGGGCUCAGGAGAGUGGAGCGUCCUGCGAGGGUUUUGAGAUCGCCAACUUUGCUGGCGAGGGCUUCGGCCUCAGGGCAACCAAGGACAUCAAGGCAGAGGAGCUGUUUCUGUGGAUCCCCAGGAAGAUGCUGAUGACUGUGGAAUCGGCCAAGAACUCUGUCCUGGGUCCCCUGUACAGCCAGGACCGUAUUCUCCAGGCCAUGGGUAAUGUGACCCUGGCCCUCCACCUGCUGUGUGAGCGGGCUGACCCCUCCUCCCCCUGGCUGCCCUACAUCAAGACCCUCCCCGGAGACUACGACACCCCUCUCUAUUACGAGGAGGAAGAAGUACGCCACCUGCUGUCCACUCAGGCCAUCCAGGACGUCCUCAGCCAGUACAAGAACACCGCUCGGCAGUACGCAUACUUCUACAAAGUCAUCCAGACUCAUCCGACCACCAGUAAACUGCCCUUGAAGGACGCCUUUACGUACGACGACUACAGAUGGGCGGUUUCCUCGGUGAUGACCCGUCAGAACCAGAUCCCUACAGAGGACGGUAGCCGCGUCACCCUCGCCCUAAUCCCUCUCUGGGACAUGUGUAACCAUACCAACGGUCUGAUCACCACUGGUUACAACCUGGAGGAUGACCGGUGUGAGUGUGUGGCUCUGCAGGACUACAAAGAGAAUGACCAGAUUUACAUAUUCUAUGGGACGCGGUCCAACGCUGAGUUUGUGAUCCACAACGGCUUCUUCUUCCAGGAGAACGCCCACGACAGGGUCAAGAUCAAACUGGGCGUGUCCAAGAGUGAACGGCUGUACGCCAUGAAGGCGGAGGUGCUGGCCCGCGCUGGCAUCCCCUCGUCUAGUAUCUUUGCCUUGCACUGCAGCGAUCCUCCAAUCUCUGCCCAGCUAUUGGCCUUCCUCCGAGUCUUCUGUAUGACCGAGGAAGAGCUGAAGGACUACCUGGUAGGAGAACAUGCCAUCAAUAAGAUCUUUACCCUGGGUAACACCGAGUUCCCUGUGAGCUGGGACAAUGAGAUCAAACUGUGGACUUUCCUAGAGACCAGGGCUGCCCUGCUGCUCCAGACCUACAAGACCAGCUCCCAGGAAGACCAGUGUGCGUUGGAGAAGCCCGGCCUCUCCCUCCACUCCCGCGUGGCCAUCCAGCUGCGCCUGGCUGAGAAGCAGAUCCUGGAGAGGGUGGUGGCCAGCGGCAAGGCCAAGCGCCUGCACUUCCAGCAGCAGCAGGAGGAAGGCGCUCCGCUGCCACGCUAUGAGGAGAGCGACAUCGCCCUGCUGGAGAAUGCCGAAGCCGACGACAAACUGCCCAUCAUCCUGAGGAAACUAGAGGAGGAGGACGAGGAGGGAGACGACCAGGCAGCGGUGGAGCAGGUGUUGGCUCAGGUACAGCAGCUGGGACACGGGGGCGCAGCCAGGGAUCUAGCCCCCCUCAUAGUCAACGGGGAUGGUGGGAAGGUGGUGGUCAACGGGAAUGGUACGGACGCUAGCCUGACGGAGGACGCUAGCCCAGUCCUGGAGGUUGGAGACGCUAGCCCGAUUCAGGAAGGGGAUCAUGUGGAUGCUAACUCCACCAUGCCUGACACUGCUGUCCCUGCAACCACCCAGGAACAGGAAGGCCAAACCAAGAACGGAGACAAGGCUACUGCUUCUCUCUCACUGGGAGUGGACUUGGACCUGAGUGCGGAACGAACUGGAGAUGAGCCCAAAGUCAACAGUGAAUAGAUGGAAUCAUCAUCUAGCUAACCGUUAUUGCAGAAGAAGAGCAGCAGCCAGCCAGUCAGUCAGCCCUUUUCUAUUUAUUUAUUUUUGUCUCUCUAAAGUGACUCAGAAAUAAAGAAGGAGCUAAGAAUAAAUUUAAAAAAACAGAAUUUGAAUUUUUAAAUGGUAGAACUUUUCACUAUCUGUCCAUUUCGUUAGUUCGUCCCUCCUUCCAUUGGCUUUGUUAUUGGUGCCUUCCUAUCUACCAAGCGCUGCAGACUGCUUGCACACUGCCAGUCAGUGUGUCUCUCCCAUCGGCCUUCUAUCUGAGCAUUAGAAGUUUGUCAUUUACAUGAAAAACUGCCUUUUUGUUUUUGAGGUUUGAACAGUGAUUUACUGGUUUACAUUGAGUUUAUUGACAUGAGAGAACGGUAGGGAGUAACAAUCGCAGGGGACGGCGCCGGUUUCAGUUCCACUACUGUAGGUGGGACAGAAAGAAAGAAAUUAGAUUUAAAUUGUAUUUAAUUUUGUCUCUAGCAAGCCAAAAUCUCAUCCUAACCCUUUACCUCUCAGUCAGUUUAUUACUGUAGUUUAUCUUAAAGCUGCAAUAUGUUACUUUUUGGGAGACCUGACCAAAUUCACAUUGAAAAUGACAGAUCUAAAAUCCCAUUUCUUUGAAAGUACGUUUAAGAAGUGUUAGAUCAGUUCUAUGUACUCUAUUUCUAUGCUUCCUUUUCUUAAGUUUUGUUUUUGAGUCUUUUACUUUCGCUUUAGUACACCAGCUUCAAACAGCUGAAAUACAAUUUUUGGGGUUAUUGAAAAUAUAUUUCAGUGGUUUGUUGUCACAAACUGAAAUUAGGCAAACUGUUAGAAUUUUUGAAACUAGGAAAUGGCAGAGCGAUUUCUGCAUAUUGCACCUUUUUAAUAUAUACCAAGUAUAAUUUCACUCAAUCUUUUUCUCUGGCGUAUUUGGCUCUUUGUUCUCUGUUUGAGAUCAUCACUUCCCCUCUCUCUCUCUUCUCGCGCUGCACUUCCUGGUUUUACUCAAUAGCAUUUUAAAUACAACUGAAGGAAACUGCUGGCACAAAAUGUCCUGUGCACUUCUUCUGGGAACAAUCAGUAUUUUAUUUCUUUACUCGAGUAUGAAGUACCAUUUGAAAUGUAAUGGAAAGGAUAAUAUGUGUGUUUAUUAAGUGAAAUUUGAUGACUAAAAGCAGGUGAUUUGGGUUAUUAUUAUUUUUUUUACAUUUAAAACUUUAUUAGGAAUGUACCUCAGCUCUUCAAGUUGCAAUUGAAUCACCCAAGGAUGAGUUUCUGUUGUGAUGAAGAAUAUGACUAACGCUAAUAUGACUAACGCUCAUAUUAUGAGAGCCAGAAGUCAGAAUGGUGACAAAGUCAAACCUUCAGCAAGACGUGAUUCACACAAAGGACUUCUGCUCAUUUCACUUAGAUGAUGGUUUUGUAGUUAGACAUCCUGAAACGGUGUGAACCUUUUUGUUACUCUUCCCUCCACACCAGAAACGAGACAAACAAAACGUUAAUAAAGCGGUCUCUGAUCCAA